AUGAGCUCCCAUUAUCUGCAUGAAAAACGGGUGCCGAGGCAUAGGGUGGCUGGCAUUCGAGAUUCUUCCUCUCCUGAAACGAACGUUGUCUCAAAAUCCCCGCUUGAAAUGGCCCUUUCUGAACGUCAAAAGCUAUUCACAAGGCUCUCCGAGGAUCCGGAACUAUCUCAGCACAAAAUCUACCGUUUCUGCGCGCCCAUCAUCGUGUUUCUGGCACUGGUUUUGUCAGCUACACUAAUAUCACGCAAAUGGAGUGCUGUGGACCUCGUGCAGAACGAAAGUACUCUGGUCAAGAUGCUACUCGCUGUGGUUUCUGUCGUUCUGGGAUCUUUGCUCACUUUACGUGGGUUGAUUUGGGUUAUUGGGCGAGGUGUCCGUAUGUUUCUCCAGGUAGACUUGAAUGCCUCCUCGCGAUCCCUUCAGGCUGAGAUAAUGACUGGGAUGUUUGGGAUGGAGGUGAGUGACCUUGAAUUUGCCUGUUAUCAACCCUCCUCAUGCAUAUUUCACGGUAGUAACUCGAAGCAGACAUCUAUUUAUGCCUAUGUUUAUGGUGUUAUGGUGCAGCCUCUGCUCUUGAUGGCUCUGGAUCACAUCAAGACCUCUUUCCAACUAUCUCAGAACGUGUAUUUGAUCGAUACCUCUCGAAGGCCAUAUCAGAAUGUUGAAAUAUGA